GUUCUAUCAGAUACUCCUGCCAAAUUAGUACCGACGCUGUGUGGAGGGAUCAACGUUCAUGCAGCGGGUCUUUGGCUGGUGCGCCGUUGUAGGUUUCUGUCUUGCUAGGCACGCAAAGCUUGAUACGACAGAUACCCCAGUGCCACCUUUCGCGAUGUCAGGGAGACACCUCGUUCAUGGGGCCGUGGGAGCGGGACUUGACGUAUACCGUACACAAGCAAUAAUUGUGAUAACAGCAGUGAUAUGUCGCGCUUUGAGCAGUUAUAGACCUUACGGCAGAUGAUUUCAUGUCACAGGAAGAUCAAAACGCGGUAUACGGGCCUUCAGUAUGACAGCAUUACAG